AUUAUUAUUUGUUUAGUAUAGUUUUCUUGGACAAUUCUUCUGCUUCUUUGAAAAAUAUUCUUGUCUAUGUCUAUUUAUAAAUGUUGAAUCACAAUUAAACUUAAACCGAGUCUUUCGUACAAAACUUCAAACAUAAGCUAAUUUCUUCCUCUUGAUCUCUCUAGCAUCAUUACAUAACCAAAUCAUAUUCUCGACAUGGCAAUGACCGCGGCUGCAGUUCCAUCAAGUGGAUCUUUCCAGAAACAAGACGAAGAGUGGCGUGCUGUUCUGUCUCCUGAGCAGUUUAGGGUUCUCAGACUAAAAGGAACAGAUAAACGAGGCAAAGGAGAGUUUACAAAGAAGUUCGAGGAAGGGACUUAUAGUUGUGCUGGUUGUGGAACUGCUCUUUAUAAAUCGACCACUAAGUUCGACUCCGGUUGCGGUUGGCCUGCGUUCUUCGACGCCAUCCCCGGUGCUAUUAAACAAACUCCAGAAGCAGGUGGAAGAAGAAUGGAGAUAACAUGUGCAGUGUGUGAUGGACAUCUAGGCCAUGUUUUCAAAGGCGAAGGUUACUCUACUCCAACCGAUCAACGUCACUGCGUUAACAGUGUCUCUCUCAAAUUCGCUUCUGCUGAUUCUUCCAAAUAAUCAUCACUGAUCGGUCGGACCACUUUACCUCAUGUUAUCAAAGAAUUAUGAUCUACGAUACGUGAGAUGCUUGCUAGUUUACAUUCCUACUCAUGUAAUAUUAUUGUAAUAAAGCUUCGUUUAAUCAUCAAUGCUCUAUAGUUAUAAUAAAUUUUGGUUACUAUAAAGAAAAUUUCUAUUUAUCUGUUCCUUACUUUCUUCUACUUGAAGAACAUAUUACAACUUCUUUUACUUUAAGAUUUUGUAACAAU